CGUUUUAGUUUGCUUUCGAUUUCACAGGCUGAAUCUCGAAUGACUCUUUACUGUACACAAUUCCCAACUAGACACACGGCGCACUGUUUGGGUGCAGAAUGCAACAUUUCCCAACUCACGUACUGCACUAAAUAAACUAAAUAAGGAAGUAGGGCGCCAUUUGGGAUUCAGCCACACAUUUGCGUUGCUUAACAUUUGCGUUCGUACUUUUUAAAUUAUCUUUUAUUUAGUCUGGUUUUGCUUUAAUAUUGAAAAGGCAAGGCUACUCAGCCCUCUGUGCUCAGAUGUAUCCGGUUAAAGACGGCUGAAAUGUUUUAGCUGACCGACUGGGCCGACUGGGCGAUUAGCCCCACCACAGGUGCCUAUACAGCUUCUUUGGCAGCUGGAAGGACAUGAUAUUGGAGUGACCAUACUUUAAAAAAAAUAAAGAUGGCGUCAAGCAAAGGCCAAGACCCUCCUAUUAAACGGCGUAGGCAAAGCAUAGAAAAACCCCCUACCAUGUGCAUUGGUGACACUUCUCUGAGAAUAGUGAUAUUUGGCAACACUGGUCCUCAUCAAUUCUCUCUCACUGAGUCGAUUCUGCAGAGAGCUGUCUUUGAUGGUGUUGAUCCAAAUGCUACACUAACUACGAAAACAUCAGGACAUGUCCUGGAGAGAAAUGUGAUGCUGGUCAACACCCCAAAUCUAAACACUCACUGCUUAGCACAAGAAACUCUUAAAAAGGAGUUCAGGAAGUCCAUCUGUUUCUCCUGCCCUGGGCCACAUGCAGUCCUCUUCAUUUUAAAUCCCAUAGAUGUGCCACCAGAUCCCUAUGGUGUUUUCAAACCGGUGGUGCAGUACUUUGGAGAAAGUAUCCUGAACCAUGCCAUGGUUGUUCUGUAUGAUGAAAGGGAGCUAGUGGACAGUGAGACUGAGAUUGAAGAACUGAAGGAGUUUAUCCAGAAGUGUGGUCAAAGAUGCUUCAUCUUCAGUGGAGAGAAGAAUAGGGAAGAGGGCAGCAUGACAAGACAACUCUUUCACAAGAUUGACCAGAUGGUUUCAGAACAUAAGAUCUAUUCCAACCCGGAAUUUAAAGAUGCAGAUAAGCGAAUUAAGAAAGAGGAAAAAUUCCUUGAGAAAGAGAGACAGAAGGAGGUCAAGAAAAUGCUGGAGGCUCUCAAGAACGAGCAUUCAGGAGAAGAUUAUGACAGAGAAGUGAAACUUUAUCAAGAAAAGAUGCACUUAGAGAACAGAGAGAGGGCAGAGAUGCUGAUAGCAGACAGGCUUGGCUUUACUCUAAGACUGGUUGAUUAUGCGGCAGCAAUAGGAAAAGGAGCAUUUGUAGGUGCAGUGUUAGGCAUAGUGAUGGGGCCUGAGGGUAUGGCUGUAGGAGCAACAGUUGGCGCAGCUCUUGGCGGGGUACUUGGAGGAGCUGCUGGAGCAACUUGGAACUACUUUACUGGUGUUUUUGCAGAUGUCCGUUGAGAUUUCACUUAAAGGGCACUUCAAAAUAAAAUUUAUUUCAUUAUUAGUGCUAAUAUGUCCAAAGGUAAAGUGUUGAAGAAUGCUGUCAUUUCAUUUUUUUUAUUUCAUUCUGUAGCGAUGCACUUGUUAAAGCUUCACUAUGAAAGAUUGUUUUGUUAAAAUUUAAAAAAGUAGCUUUACUAAGUCAGGAGGAAACAACACACAAAAAAAUGGUAGCUGCUGCAAAUCAUCCUGUAAAGCCUGAAAUGAUGAUUUAAAAGUCAGAGGCGUAAGGUUGGAUAUGGCAGGGUUUUUUCAGGCCACAUCAUACGUCAUAGGACAUCUUUACCUAUUAACAUCACACACAUACUGAUGAAGUUGUAUGGUUACAGUAGUACAUAAUUCUAACAUCCUUAGAAGACACAUCCUUCACCAAGUGUUGUCUGAAUUCUCUUUGAAUGCACUUUAACAUGCUCACAAACAUCAGAUUCAUCCCUUUGGGGAAGGGGUCUGAACCACAAAAAACAUUAAAUUAAAAUAUGCUCAAAUUUGCCCUUUGAAGGUAUCGGAGUCAGAAUGGAGUGGGGGAUAUCAAAAUGGAUUGGGGGUAAGUAUUGCAUGCACACUGCUGAAAAAACAGACAGUCCAGCAAAGAUAUAUAUUUAUCCCAUUAAAUAAAGUACGAAAAGCCAGACACAAACCAAGCGAACAUUUCAUCUUCUUGCUAUAAUCAGUACUAAUGAAGCAACUCUCUCAACCUACUCCUUUUGUUAAGACCCAAAUUGACCUCACCUGUGUAAGUUCUGCUAGGGACUUCUUAAAGUGACAGUACAACAACUAGAGGGCAUACUCAGCUGCAAAGAUAGAAAUCAAAUACAUCAAAAACUAUUUCAAAGUACAACAUAUUAAUCAAAUAUAGCCUCUGUUUUAUAAAAACAAUUAAGAUAAAGAUCCUCAUUCAUACCAUUAGGACACAGAGAUAAAAGUUCACAAAUCCAGUAGGCCUGUCUCUGUAUUAAUCUUUUGUCCUGAUCUCCCCCUCGUCUUUGCAACAGAGCUCUUUCAAUGCCCAGGAAAUCUGAAAGAAAAUGUUUAGCAGAUUGAAAAUGAUGAAAAACAGAGGAUGUGUCAACCUGUCUGCGACUUGCACUCGUGUUCAGUUAUUGUGGUCCGCAAAAGUCGUCCAGUUUUGCCAGCAUACAAUAGAGAACAAGGACACAUGAUGACAUAGACAACGUGUGAAUCUACAAGUUAUGAAUUGUCUGAUCUUAUAUGCUUUCGGAGUUUGAGGGUGUGUAAAAGAUUUACAUCACACAAACUGAGAACAAGAGGUACAAUUAUGACAAGGAAUUAUGACAAGGAGAGAGUUGAGUUGCAGAAGGGAACGUGUAUUUUCACACAAAAUGGAGGUUCUUCAGAAAAGGAGUAGGUUGAGAGAGUUGCUUCAUGAGCAGUGAUGAUAGCAAGAGGCUAAAAUGUUUGCUCGGUUUGUGUCUGGCAUUUUGUGCUCUGUUUAAUAAAAUAAAUAUAUAUCUUUGCUAGGCUUGUCUGAUUUGUCAGCAGUGCGUGGGUAAUACUUUUGCCACUCUAAAACAUUAAAGUCGUACAAAAUCAUACGUCCAAAGUAUAACAUCUACAGUAAACAACUUUAAACGUGUGUUACGAGAUUUGAGUAUCUGCGUUUAAUGUAGAGAGCUGCUAUAAAAUGUUAACACUCACCACUGUUAGCUUGAUGCUAACGUAACAGGCAAAUUUCUAUUACCGGGCUAGCAGAAAUUAGCAUUAUAUUUAAAUUAGCCUGAAAACAUGCGUGAACCAGGUGAUCCUGGAUAUCACAUCUAAAGGCUCCAGAGAUUUUUACUAUGUUUUUAAAGGUGAACUAUUCUUGGGCACUGGAGUAGCCCCAGUAGUUUUUGAUAUCCUGGACAUCCAUUUGAAACAUAUGAAGUUAUAGUUUAAUAUUUUUUAUAUCAUGUGAGUAUGAUGAGUCCUGAAAUGUCCUUAAGAUACUAAAGGGAAUUCCACCCAUUUUUCGGAACAUUUCUUUUUAUUUAAGUGGUUAAGAUGUCAACAAAGUCUUUCAGAGUGGUUCAAUGUGAAAUGCUUCGUUCAAAACUUACCCAAUCAGAACUGUUCACAGUGGUGGUGAUAGGAUGUCCAAAGUGAUGAAUGCCUCUAAAGAUCCCUCACAGACAUAUAUUACAUACAAUGGUUAUGAACACACUGCCUGAUAUCUGAGUUGUUUUACGAUAGUAUGGAGAAGUUUUCCAUUCAUAAGUCCAUUCAUGCUGGAGAGAUAUGUUCAAGGUAUAUGGAAAAAUAAUCCUCAAAAAACGUAUUUUUAAGGCAUAUCACUGUUGUACUCUUAUCAAUACUACGUAUACAAACUAAGAAGACAUGUAGGUUUUCUGGUGAUUCUGGAUAGCAAAUAAAAUUAUUACAUUUG